GGCGACUUGCAGUUGAGCCCGAGAAAGACGGAGAGGCGUCCACGAAGCCGAGCUUUCUGAGGAAGAAGAUCCUUUUGAUUUUCUUCCAGACCAGACUGGACCUCAGUUGUCGAAAGUGGUGCUGGCGGGGUGUCUGACACAGGAGCAAGACUGUUCUUGGAACAUAAUGAUGACGAUAGAUCUGAAGGUGGCUGAGUAUUUGAACCCUCAGAUCAGGGCUCUUUGGGAGACCAACAUACCUAUGACAGAGAGCUCCAGUCAGAGUAAGAAAUAUACCCCACAAACGGACAGUCUCUGUCCCGAGAGCUCUCGCCAGCACUUCCGGAGCUUCCAUUAUCAUGAGGCAGCUGGACCCCGUCAGGCUGUGGGCCAACUUCAGGAAUUAUGCCAUCGGUGGCUGAGGCCGGAGAUCCACUCAAAAGAGCAGAUCUUGGAACUCUUGGUGCUAGAGCAAUUCCUAACCAUUCUGCCCAGGGACAUCCAGACCGGGAUAAAGAAGUACCAUCUACAGAGCAUUGAGGAGGCUGUGGCCCUGGUAGAACACUUGCAGAAGGAAUCUGGUCAAAUGAGGAAUGGGGUUGCAGCUCAUGAGCUGGGAAAGGAGGCAGUGCUCUUGGGAGAAACAGCAGAGGCCCCAGGCUUCAAUCUGAAGCCAGCAGAAUCCCAGCCAGUGGGCAUGUCCCAGGAUGAAGAAUUUUGGAGUACAUACCAGGGUCUACAAGAACAGCUGAGCAGGAAUACUCAUAAAGAAACUGAGCAUGUAUGUGAAAGGGCUGUGCCUGCUCACCAGAUCCUAGCCUUUCCUGAGCAGACAAGUACCAAAGACUGGACAGUGGCACCUGAGCUCAUCCUGCCUGAGUCCCAGAGCUUGUUGACAUUUGAAGAAGUGGCCAUGUAUUUUUCCCAGGAAGAAUGGGAGUUACUGGAUCCCACUCAGAAGGCCCUCUACAAUGAUGUAAUGCAAGAAAACUAUGAGACUCUCAUCUCUCUAGCAUUAUUUGUGCUCCCCAAACCUAAAGUGAUCUCCUGUCUAGAGCAAGGAGAAGACCCAUGGGUUCAAGGAUCCCCAGAAUUCAAGGACAGUCCCAGAGAGCUGCCUACAGGGUUAAAGCUAAAAAAUGACACUGAAAAUCAGCCUGUGUGUCUUUCUAACUUAGAAAUACAAGCCCCAGGAGACAUAGAAUCAAAAAAGGCCAGCAUGAAAGUUCCCCAGAAAACAAUGGGCAAGGAAAAUAAUGGUGAUAUGCACAGGGUGGGGAAAUGGCAUCAAGAUUUUCCAAUGAAGAAAAGAAAGAAACUUUCAACCUGGAAACAAGAGCUGCUGAAACUUAUGGAUCUUCACAAGAAAGAGCAUGCAGGAGAGAAGCCUUUUAAAUGCCAGGAAUGUGGGAAAAGCUUCAGAGUUAGCUCUGACCUUAUUAAGCACCAAAGAAUUCACACUGAAGAGAAGCCAUAUAAAUGUCAGCAGUGUGAUAAGAGGUUUAGGUGGAGUUCAGAUCUUAAUAAGCACUUAACAACACACCAAGGAAUAAAACCAUAUAAAUGCUCAUGGUGUGGGAAAAGCUUCAGUCAAAAUACAAAUCUCCAUACACACCAAAGAACUCACACUGGAGAGAAGCCCUUUACAUGUCAUGAAUGUGGAAAAAAAUUCAGUCAGAAUUCCCAUCUUAUUAAACACCGGAGGACCCACACAGCAAGAGAGGUGUUCUAAGAACAUCCUGAAUAAGGGGAAAAGGUGGUUUGGGAUUGUACCUGGCAAAAUAGCAAAUUCAGCUUCAAAUAGCAGAUGCAGCCAUGAAUCAGUCACUAUUCUGUGGUCACAGAGCUAAAUAUUGUUGGUUUUGCAUUGAUCUCCCCAGCCACUCUUAAACACAUAUGGUAGAAACAUUUGUAGCAUUGGUCUUUUGGUCUUCCAAAAUAAAAAGCAAUAAUAUGCAUGUUUAAUUGCAUACCAUUGUCUUCAAGUUAGCAGGCUUAACAAUUUCAGUAAUCUCAUGGGACAGAAGUUAAUUCUACUAUAAAGUUUUCCAAGAACCAAAUUGGAUUUUCUUCCUCUCUUGUCAUUGGACAUUGUUCACAGUGUUGGACAUCGUUUGAGUUCCUUCUUGAACUUUUUAGCAACUUUAGCUCUUGAAUUCUAUUAGCACAAUUUUUACUGUAAUGAAAUAAUAUUUACUUUACCACUAGGGAAUCUGCCAGAAGAACUAGUAGUGCACUGUCUUAUGCCUCUCAUUGGUGGUGUUUGAAAAAAGAAAAACAUCUCUAAUGAGAUUAUAUGGAAACGGGUUAUGGAGUAUAUAUUAGAUGUAAAGAAGAAUUUUCUGCAAUAAAAGAAACUAGAUUGUUGCCUUACCUCGGAAUGUCAAUAGGAUAAAACAGCCAUAAAAAUUAACACUCUCCUGAGUCCUAAAAGAAACUUAUUGGGAGUUCAGGAUCAACUUUUCAGGUUUUUGUUUGCUUGUAAUUUGGCUUUUGUUUGUUAUUAAUUAUGAGGAGAGAGUUAUGUUUGGGAACAGGAGUGUAUGCUGCAGUGCUGUGGUUCACUGGGAAUGGUGUCCUGGGAAUCCAGUCAGUAGAAGACCAGGUUCCCAAAGGAAAGGUUUGGGAACUGAUGCUGAGUGGUGGGCAAGGCUGAGCGAAUCCACAUGCAUGUUGGUUGUCUUACACUGUAAACUGUUAAGCAGGGAGGGUAUACCUGUCUCUGUUUUCUCCAGCACAGCAUUUAACAGCAGCCUUACAUGAUAAAUUUGCUAGACUGCUGAAAAUCUUUUUAGGCUAUGCAUUUUCUUAUAACUCACCCUUUUAUCUACAGCAGUGACUCAGAUGUGUUCCUGUUAGAACUUGUAGGUAGUAUCU